GACGCGCCGUGAAGCUGGGAGCCUUGGGCACUCCCCGCCUGCCUUUCACAUGAUCUGAAAGCUCCCUCUGAGAUAGAGACAGGAAGGUGGAAAGGAGCGACAACAUCGAUGGCUGAGCGAAGCCAAAGGAUUUCCAUAAUGCGUUCAUUUUAUGCUGCAUUAAUCGGGCUGACAUUCAUCCUUCACACCCAUGGAGUCCCUUGGACAGAGGAAAAGCUCAGGCACAGAGCACUUAAGCUAAGUGAGGACGAGAUCCGUGCUGCCCUCUCUCACACCGAUCUGGCACAAAUGUGGCAGAGGGACCUUAGGCCAUUGCUGGUUACCCGGUACCCGGGCUCUGCUGGCAGCCAGGCAGUUCGGGACCAUAUAAAAACAACCCUCGGUUCCCUCGGAGCAGGCUGGGAAGUUACAGAGGACAGUUUCGAGUCACAAACGCCCUACGGACCGCUGCCCUUCACCAACCUGGUUGCCACACUGAACCCGUCGGCUACGCGCCACUUGGUUUUGGCAUGUCACUACGACUCCAAGUACUUCCCCCCUCAGUGGCACGGGAGGGAGUUUCAGGGCGCCACAGACUCAGCCGUCCCGUGCGCCAUGAUGUUGGAGCUGGCACGAGCCCUGGAUGAAGAACUGAAGACUCAGAAGAGCUCCAACUCCAAUCUGACCCUGCAGUUGAUCUUCUUUGACGGUGAGGAGGCUCUUUUCCAGUGGACCUCCACGGACUCGCUGUACGGCUCUCGCCACCUGGCAGAGAAGAUGGAGACCACCCCGCAUCCCGAAGGAGCCGAAGACACCAACCAACUGCAUGGCAUGGACCUGUUGGUGCUGCUGGACCUUAUCGGGGCCCCUCAUCCCAUCUUCGGAAACCAGUUCCCCAGUACCACCACCUGGCUCACCAGACUGCAGGACAUUGAAAAACGUCUGCAUUCUAUGAACCAGCUUGUUGAGCAUCCUAACAGUGUGCAGUACUUCUGGCCUGAUCGUCCAGUCGGCCGUAUUCUUGACGAUCAUAUACCGUUCCUAAACAGAGGUGUUCGGAUCCUCCACCUCAUACCCUACCCCUUCCCGUCUGUGUGGCACACAUUUGACGACAACGAAGAAAACCUGGAUCGCUCCACAAUUCAGAACCUGAACAAGAUAUUUCAGGUUUUUGUUUUGGAAUACCUCAACACCAGGCCCAGCGUUCCUUCGAAUCCACAAAAUGCCCCAUGAGCCUUCCUAUCAAUGUAUUAUUGUGUAUUAUUGUGAUGUCAAGCUCUUCACCCAAAAGUAUGCACUAUGUUAGAAGUUGUAACUCCAUGUAUGCAGGAGUCACACGUAGAAGUUUUAAUGUUUUCUUACUGAAGCAACCUAUUAUCUAAAUGCUUAAUAAAAGAGAUUAAGGUUCAAAUUAUUGUCAUUAUUUUUGAUGCUUUGCAACAAUACAACUACAAACCUCAAAGUAUUUUACUUUGAUUCUAUGUGAUUGACCACCAGAGAUUAGUGUAUAAUUCCAAAAUAGAAGGAAAAAGAUUUUUGUUGUUGUUGUUGUUGUUGUUGUUGUUGUUGUUGUUUUUGCUUUUUACAAAUAAAAUGUUAAAAAUG